CCCCGGACCGGAGGCGUGCGCCCCCCGCUCCCCAUGCUGGGGCCAGCCCAGGACGGUCAGGUGCAGCUGCGCUGUGCGCGUCUCUCUGGCCGCGGAGGGAACUUUAAAACUUAGGAAAACAGACGGUCUGUUCGUCCGCGGGUCUGCGCGUUGGUCCCUGCCGGCUGGAGGCGAGCGCGGCUCUUCGUCACUCGGAGCCCGGAUUGAGCGGCGCGCGAGGGUUUUCCCCGCGGCCCCCGGCGCAGACGCGCGGGAUGGGUGGCACUGCGUGUUUGGUGGUGACAGUGCCUCCGUGGGGAUGAGUGACGGGAACGCAGAGCCCCUACCGACCAGCCAGACCUACAACAGCCAGAACGAGAGCAACGAAGACUAUGAGAUCCCCCCAAUAACUCCUCCCAACCUCCCUGAGCCAUCCCUCCUGCACCUGGGGGACCACGAAGCCGGCUACCACUCACUGUGCCACGGCCUCACACCCAACGGACUGCUCCCAGCCUACUCCUACCAGGCCAUGGACCUCCCAGCCAUCAUGGUGUCCAACAUGCUGGCCCAAGACAGCCACCUGCUGUCAGGCCAACUACCCACGAUCCAGGAGAUGGUCCACUCAGAGGUUGCUGCCUACGACUCGGGCCGGCCAGGGCCCCUGCUGGGCCGCCCAGCGAUGCUGGCCAGCCACAUGAGUGCCCUCAGCCAGUCCCAGCUCAUUUCUCAGAUGGGCAUCCGGAGUGGCAUUGCCCACAGCUCCCCGUCACCCCCAGGGAGCAAGUCAGCCACCCCCUCCCCCUCCAGCUCCACUCAGGAGGAGGAGUCAGAAGCGCAUUUCAAGAUGUCGGCAGAGAAGAGACCCUCAGCCGACCCAGGAAAAAAGGCCAAGAACCCAAAGAAAAAGAAGAAGAAGGACCCCAACGAGCCUCAGAAGCCCGUGUCAGCCUAUGCGCUCUUCUUCAGAGACACUCAGGCCGCCAUCAAGGGACAGAACCCCAGCGCCACCUUUGGGGAUGUGUCUAAAAUCGUGGCCUCCAUGUGGGACAGCUUAGGAGAGGAGCAGAAGCAGGCCUACAAGAGGAAGACCGAAGCAGCAAAAAAGGAGUAUCUGAAGGCUCUGGCGGCCUACCGGGCUAGCCUCGUCUCCAAGAGCUCCCCAGACCAGGCUGAGACCAAGAGCGCUCAGGCGAACCCACCAGCCAAAAUGCUCCCACCCAAGCAGCCCCUGUACGCCAUGCCGGGCCUAGCGUCCUUCCUGACGCCGUCGGACCUGCAGGCCUUCCGCAGUGGGGCCUCUCCUGCCAGCCUGGCCCGGACGCUGGGCUCCAAAUCACUGCUGCCAGGCCUCAGCUCAUCCCCGCCGCCGCCACCCUCCUUCCCACUCAGCCCCCCGCUGCACCAGCAGCUGCCACUGCCCCCCCAUGCCCAGAGUGCCCUCCUCAGCCCGCCUGUUAGCAUGUCCCCAGCUCCCCAACCUCCUGUCCUGCCCACUCCCAUGGCCCUCCAGGUGCAGCUGGCUGUGAGCCCCUCACCUCCAGGGCCACAGGACUUCCCUCACAUCUCCGAGUUCCCCAGCGGCUCCGGAUCCCGCUCGCCUGGCCCACCCAACCCUGGGGGCAGCGGAGACUGGGACUCCAGCUUCCCUGGAGGGGAGUGCGGCAUCAGCGCCUGCAGCCUGCUCCCCAGGGACAAGUCGCGCUACCUCACCUAAUCCUGCCUCCCCUCUCCUCCCUGAGGCUUGCUGGGAGGGCACUGCUCAGAGCCUGAAGGGCCCACAGCAGAAAAGAGGCCUUGGCGGGAAGCAGGGUGACUGAGAAGAAAGAGCAGUGACACACCAGUGCCCUGGGUCGAGUCUCUUCCUCGACCUCCCACCAGACUCUGCAGAGGCGGCCCACUGCCCGCCGCCAGCCCAAAGAACCUGCAGGAAUCUUCUGCCCCCUGAUCUGCUUGCUCCAGGGUUACCGUGGACCCAGCUCCUCGGCCUGUGUACCGUACCCCGUGUCUGGAUGUCUGGCCCCAGCCCCAGCUCAUGUGGGGGGCCCCUGGAGGGGUUGCUUACCAACAGGAACCCACCCCCAGAUGCAUGGGGCCGGGGCCAGCCCAGCCACAGACGUGCAAAUGCGGUUUUACAGUGUGAACAAAAGCUUAUGAAACCUAGAAACUGUUGGCUCUAUGUAAGUAGUUGACUAAGUGUUUUAGAGCUGUGCUGAAGACGUCUGUAAGAUUAUCUUUGGGGGGUGGGGGGAAGUAGUUUCCUUUCAGGUAAAAAGCAUUUUAUAUGACCCUUAGCACAUUUUUUUUAAGUUUUAUCUUAAGGGAGAGGUGCACACAAGUGGCUACCAAACAAUUUCAUCAUCUGUAUGGCAAGAUCUGGACAAUUUACAGCCACAUUUGGAGGCACUGCUUUUUUUUUUUUAAAGCCCUAUGUCCAUCUAUUUAAAAUUGCCAACAAUGAUUUUUGUCUAUUUAUGAAAAAAAUUGAGAACAGACAUGCAGCUGACGACACAGUGGGCGUGGGUUUGCGUUCGGGUUUGGUCCACGGUGUUUUGCAGCUGUUUCCUGGCGCUGGCAAAUGUCUGUCUCGGUGCCCAGUGCUCUCUCAGAUUUCUUUAUAAUAAAAUUGCUGAAAAGUUGAA